GUGUGGCCAUGCGAAUAGCGAACAGAACACCGCCCCUUUACACACAAAAUGACUUCUGCGUGGAUCAAUUCACGCGCGAUUUGACUACAAAGUCGCUAAUGUUGGGAGAAAUUCUCCAUUUGAAAUUACUGGUGUUCGAUCCCCAAGGCCGAUUUUCAUUGCAGCUUUUCGCUUCAGCGCUUUGUUACAUCAGGUGAUCGUUCUAUGUCGAGGUCACUGAUAACCUAGUGACAUUUACGUUGGUUCAUUCAUCAUCACAACAAUGGCAGCACACGACUUCAAUUUUUUGCUUGCGACGGAUUCGUAUAAGAUAACACACUACAAACAGUAUCCUCCCAACAUCAGCAAAAUCUACUCCUACUUUGAAUGUCGUCGCAAGAAAGGCUCCCAGUUCAGCGAAGUGGUGUUUUUUGGCCUCCAGUAUUUGUUGAAGAAGUAUCUGACAGGACAAGUGAUUACAGAGGAGAAGAUUCAAGAAGCAAAGCUAUUCUACCAGUUACACUUCAAACAGGCUGUAUUUGAUGAAGAGGGCUGGAGAAAGGUUCUUGAGAAACACGAUGGCCGUCUUCCUAUUCGUAUAAAAGCUGUGCCUGAGGGCAAGAUCAUACCCAGAGGCAAUGUACUCUUCACUGUGGAAAAUACAGACCCUAGCUUCUACUGGCUAACUAACUACAUUGAGACCAUGCUGGUCCAGAUGUGGUAUCCCAUUACUGUGGCGACCAUAUCCAGAGAGUUUAAGAAGAUCCUAGCGAAACACCUAAAGGCCACUUCAGGAAGCCUUGAGGGUCUUGAACUGAAAUUGCACGACUUUGGCUACAGAGGAGUCUCUUCACAAGAGUCUGCAGCUCUAGGUGGAGCAGCUCAUCUGGUGAAUUUCUGCAGUAGUGACACAGUAGCAGGUCUUCUAAUGGCUCAGCGAUAUUAUGCAUGCCAAAUGGCUGGCUUCUCCAUUCCCGCUGCUGAGCACAGUACGAUCAUCUCCUGGGGGAAAAGUAGAGAGAAGGAUGCAUUUGAGCGAGUGUUGGAUGAGUUCUCUUCUGGGCCCGUAUCUGUAGUCAGUGACAGCUAUGACAUCUUCAAUGCGUGCAAACAUAUCUGGGGAGACAAACUGAAGGAGCGAGUCAUGGAACGUGGCCAGGACUCCUUUCUUGUUAUUCGGCCGGACUCCGGAGACCCAGCUGAAACUCUUAUUGAGGUCAUCAAGAUUUUGGAGGAUUGUUUUGGUUGUUCUCUGAACUCUAUGGGAUACAAAGUGCUGCCUUCAUACCUACGAAUAAUUCAAGGGGAUGGAAUUGACCUCAGAUCAGUAGAUGAGAUUCUUCACAAACUGACUGAUGAAGGCUGGAGUGCAGAGAACGUUUUCUUUGGUUGUGGCAGUUCUUUGCUCCAGAAGCUCAACAGAGAUACUCUCUCUUGUGCCUUCAAGUGCAGCUACGUGGAGACGAAUGGCAAGGGGAUGGACGUCUACAAGCUGCCAGUGACGGACCCAUCUAAGGGGUCAAAGAGAGGUCGUCUAUCACUGAGAAGGAAUUCUGAUGGGCUCUUGGAGACUGUAGAAAGGGGGGCCGGCAAACCAGAGGAGGAUCUGUUAGUGACUGUGUUUGAGAAUGGAUGCCUUCUGCAGAAUUACUCCCUGGAGGAAAUCCGGAAGAAUGCCAGAUUAUGGGAUGAAGAAGUGACUCCUACCACACACAACCACAAAGAGGAGCUGCUGCACAAGCACAUCAUCAAUGGCAUCCAUUAGAUACAUUUUCUAAACCACUUCUGUCUCUAUCACUGUGUAGAUUUGGAAGCCUAAUUUUCCUAAAGUUGGAGAAGGCAAGGCUUUUAUUUGGUUGGUUAUGUGUUUUAAAUGCGCCAAGAGCUGCAGAUGGCAAAUGAAACACAGAGAGUAGUAACUCUAGCAAGCUACUGUGGACACUUUUGCUUAGGACGAUGGACUCCCUUCACGCUCUUUGUGACAGCACCAUCAUGGGCUUAAUGACAACAAUUUAAGCUCAGGGCAGCAACAUUCGUAAAGUUGUUGUUUUUAAUCCCCCCUGAAGUAUGCAAUUCACUGUGGUGUGUGUCGGAGGGGACAAGUGUUCUUAAAGCGCAUGCAAUAUACCUAAAUCUAUACUCUUACAAAUGUUUUUUUAGGUCGUUGUAUUUGUCUUAUCAAGUAAUUGAAUUUGAAGCAGCGUUUUAGACCAAAACAAUGCAAAUACAUUCAGUGUCUAGUUUGAAGCUGUUAAUGGUACUGACUACAAUUGUAGUGCUACGUGAAGGAGUCGCAAAGUGUACUUUUUUUUUUAAAAAGAAAUAUUUAAAGGUCGUGUCAACACAAUUUUUAAAGCGACUAUUGUCUGGCAGGUCACGAAGAAUUCACAGGAUAAUAUCGCAGCUGUUGGGUGAAAUACAAUUUUUUUUUUUUUUUUUUUUUUUUUUUUUUUUUUUGCAGGUUGUCAGUUUGACACCCCUGAUCUAAAUGGUCAAAUACGUAACAGAAUGAAGAAAAAUGUGGAGUUUUAUAACUUCGCAAACAUUCAAGACUGUUCUCUAUUUGUUUCCAAGCUAUUUUUAACAUUUAAAUGAGUUCAUAUUGUGUGAAAAUAAAGUAAGGAAAAAUCAAUAGUAGUGACUUCUGGGGAAAAAAGUGAAAUUUACAGUGUUUGGACAUUUUGGAUUUCUGCCUGACAGUGACAAAUGUGCAUCAAACACUUAUUGUAUAAAAAUACAAAUAGACUAUCAGUUGUAGAGGUAGGUGGCUAAUUCCUUGAUCAACUAAUCCAGUAUGAAGUUUAUAUACUGUAUUUUUUAUUACAAUGAUAAAUUAAUCACAAACAUCAGUUUACAUAUAUCUGAGCAGGGAGCAUUUCUCCUCUACAUUGAGCAAAGCUUUGCUGUUGUACUGCAGCUUGUUUAUCAUGAACACUUACCUCACAUCAUGUCAGAUAUGUUAGAAUUCUCUGUGCACAAAUGGAUAUAUCUUGGUUAAAGUCAUCUCAUCUAGCAAUGCUAUUAAAAUGACAUUGUUGUAUACUCUCA